AUGGCUGCCUCUAUAGAGAGCCUGCUGGAGGAAAUCUCCAGUGCUGAGGACCCAACUGAGGAGCUGCAAAACUUGAAAACAGCCGUGUUAUCGACACCCGUGAGCGCUCUGAGGGAUUCACUGAGAGGACAGCGUCUCGGCGUGGUCUUUUCUCUGUUGAACACAAAUGAAAGGGAGCAGAUAGAGUUAUGUGUGGACAUCCUGGAUCGCAUGCUGAUGGCCUUCAGCCCCGUGGACCUGGCCCACAACUUCAGAGUGGAGCUGCAUGGAGGUCUGACCCAUCCCAAUGAUACUGUGAAGAUACUGGCACUGACACAGAUUGGUAGGAUGGUGGAGCACCCUGACGCUGUCACCGAAAUCCUCGAGAACCACGACAUUCUCCGAGAGGUCAUCCGCUGCAUCGGAGGAGAGAAGAUUGCCGUAGCUAAACAGGCCAUUAACUCCUUAUCCAAGCUCAGUCACUCAAAGCCUGGCUUAGACACACUGUUCCGGAGCGACCUGCUGAAAGUCAUGAAAGAUGUGAUGGCUACAAGUGACAUCAUCCGAUACAGAAUAUAUGAGCUGAUGGUUGACAUCUCCUCUGUGUCUGCUGUUUCCCUCGGUUACUGUGCAAACAGCAGUUUCAUCUCUCAGCUGCUGAGCGAGCUGACAGGAGAUGAUAUAUUGAUCAGGGCCACAGCCAUUGAGAUGGUCACCACUUUAGCGCACAGUCAGCAUGGCCGGCAGUACUUGGCCCAACAGGGAAUAAUGGACAAGAUCUCCAACAUGAUCCGAGGAGCGGACACGGACCCGUUUUCCUCCCUCUACCUUCCCGGCUUGGUGAAGUUUUUUGGGAACCUGGCCAUCAUGGACAGUCCCCAGCAGGUGUGUGAAACCUACCCAGCCUUCCAGAACAAGGUGUUUGAGAUGGCUCUCGACCCAGACCCUGUGAUGAUCGGCGUCGCUCUGGACACUUUGGGCCUGCUUGGGUCCACCGUGGAAGGCAAACAGGUCCUGCAGAAAACGGGAGAGAAGUUUAAGGCGGUGUUGUUAAGAAUGAGCCACCUGGCCGGCUCUGGGGCCACAGAGCUCAGAGUACGCAGCUUGGAGGCCAUCUCACAGCUGUUAACUCUGCAGACAGAGCAGCAAACAGAAGACCUUUUGGCUCUGACGGAGUCCUGGUUCCACCUUUUGUCUAACCAUCCCAUGGACAUGAUCUGCAACAUCAGCACACAGCCUUUCCCUGAGCUACACUGUGGGGCUCUGCACAUUUUCACUGCCAUUGCGACCCAGCCAUGGGGUCAGAAGUUGAUGAUCAGCACUCCAGGUUUCAUGGAGUUCAUUGUGGACCGCUCAACAGGACAAACCAAGGAGGCCAAGGAUGCAAAGUUUGAACUGGUGGGGGAACUUGUGAGUUCAUCGACGGCAGCAGAGAUACUGGGCAGCCAGCAUUAUCUGCGUCUCAAGACUUACCUGAAAGAAGGACCUUACUAUGUUUCCGCAGUGGCCUCCGUCAGCACAGAGGGAGCGGACUGAUUACAACAACCUCAGUUUCUCUUCACGGGUCUCUAGGGAAUGCUUAAGUAAUGGUAAUGGUGUUGAACUAGCCAUGGGUUAAUAUUUUGUUAUGCUCUGCUGUGAUCAACUAACAUGCCAACAAGAUUUAUCACAGAUGGUGUUAAGUAGCUGUCCAGUUGUUUUUAACUGGAUUGAGUUUUCUAUAUUCAUCAACAAAUAUGUUAAAAAUGUUAUAAUACUUGGGAAUUAAUUGGAGAUAGCAAUAUGGUUCAACAAAAUAUUUCAUCAACUCGGCUCCAUCAAGAAUAACUAAAGUGUUAGUGGUUAUCUGGAAGUGAUUAGGCACAAAUGAGAAUGAAUCUUAAUUUCUUGCUAUACUGUGAAGUUAUAUUAAGUCUAUAAUUUCUCUGCCAUUAUUUUAUCUGCACAGUUUAAUAAGUUAGGCUUUCCUGGGUGGAUGUUCCCGGGGCAUAUCCACAUAUCCAAUCAUCUUCUGUUAUCUUGCUUUAUUCUCAUGGGCACAUGUCCAAUGCCUGUAUCAGAUUCAUUAAUGUCUUUACAUUCCCAGUAUUAUUGAAACAUUAAUUAUUGAUACUCCAAAAGUGAAAAAUAAGCCAUCAUUCAUAUUUAUGAUUAACCAUGUUCCCCAAGUAAAAUGGAGAGCUAUCCUAUGUUAUAUUUAAAUUAUUAGGAAUAAAUUUGUGGUUCAUGCAGUAAUUCACAAUUAGUAAGUACACUUACACUGUGCAACAGUGAUCAUGUCACUGUGUAGAGGAGAAGACAGUAGCUGCUGAAACGUACUGGGGAAUGUUAACACAUGUUUAGUUACUGAGUCCUUACCAGGUGCUUAAGCAAUAAUAACAAUAAUAAUAAAAAAAAAAAAGUGAAAUAGUACAUGCCAAUCUGUACUUACAAACCACAUCAGCAGUUACACAGGCUGAAGUUUUCACAGUGAGAUAUCUUUCAAAUGAAACAGGGCUGGACCAAAAAUGCAGACUACCCAUUUUGCUAAACUCUUUAGAUGUUUGAUUUUUUUGUGUUGAAAAGUGAAGGUUUUUAUUAAAGUGGAUGCACACUGA